CAAGGAAAGUUUACAUGCAUUGAAGUCCGAUUCCACCUGGAGAGGCAAAUGGGUUACUAUCUCAUCCAGAUGUACAUACCGAGUCUCUUGAUCGUCAUUCUCUCUUGGGUGUCAUUUUGGAUCAACAUGGAUGCAGCUCCAGCCAGAGUGGCUUUGGGCAUAACAACUGUGCUGACCAUGACAACACAAAGCUCAGGGUCACGAGCAUCACUCCCAAAGGUGUCAUAUGUCAAAGCAAUUGACAUCUGGAUGGCUGUGUGUCUGCUCUUUGUAUUUUCUGCACUUCUGGAAUAUGCAGCCGUAAACUUUGUGUCAAGGCAGCAUAAAGAACUCCUGCGAUUCCGCCGGAAGAGGAAGAAGAACAAGUAUUUUGAGGGAGAUCUUGAUGGAAAUGAAAUGAAUGCAUCAUUGCAGCAUAGCAAUGGCUUGAGAUGUGCAGGACGUAUAGACGGGACUUUGCCUCAAAUCUACAGUACAAAUUUAAGGGAUGAUGAUGUAAGAGAAAGUCGAUUUAGUUUUACAGCAUACGGAGUAGGACCAUGUCUGCAAGCAAAAGAUGGAGUGACACAAAUGGGGCCAAACAACCCCAUUCAAGCUGCACCAAAAACCCCCGAUGAGAUGCGAAAGGUAUUUAUUGACCGGGCCAAGAAAAUAGACACCAUUUCCAGAGCUUGCUUCCCUUUAGCCUUUCUGAUUUUCAACAUUUUUUACUGGGUAAUUUACAAAAUCAUUCGGCAUGAGGACAUUCACCAAUAACAAGAUUAAGGCUUUUAGCACAUACAGUUCUGGCUGGCAGGUUUAACAGGAGAGUUUCUGUUAGAAAUAUGCCCAGGAGUCACCAGGACAACUACAGGCAUUGAGGGGAGAA